UAAUUACUCACCAAAUCAGAACAUUCUAACUUCAAAUUUUUGUUUUUUUCAAGAGAAAAAAAAGCUUCAAAUUUUUGCAGCAUGACGUUUCAAAAUGACGAUCACUACGAGGCUGAUCUUGCCUUACUUGAUACAAUCAGAAGAUAUUUGCUCGACGACAUGGGGCCUCUCGCUGCAACAGUCAAGCCCGAGCCCGAGCCCGAGCCCGAGCCCGAGCCUCAACUAUCCUUUCUGAGUUUCCAAGCAGUGGCGGCGAAACCGGCGGCACCAAGAGGAGCGCACUACAGAGGGGUGCGGCAGCGGCCGUGGGGGAAGUUCGCGGCGGAGAUACGAGACCCGUCCAAGAAUGGGGCGCGGGUGUGGCUCGGGACCUACGAGACGGCGGAGGAGGCGGCCUUGGCCUAUGAUCAGGCCGCCUACGCCAUGCGCGGCUCGCGGGCGAUGCUCAAUUUCCCGUUGAGGGUGAAUUCGGGCGAGCCGCCGCCCGUUAGAAUUACAUCCAAGAGGUCCACCGCUUCCUCGUCUUCAGACAGCAGCGGCUCGCCGCAGAAGAGGAAGACGGCGGCGGCUGCUGAUGGACUCAAAAAGAAGCGGACGUCGUCAGCCAUCUCACAAGAGCGAUUUCCUAUUUUUUAUUAGCUAGUUUUAUCAUUCUCUUUCCUCUUCUUGUUCAAACUUCAAACAACCAACAUAUGGAAUUAUGGAUACAUUUUACGUCA